AUGGAUCCCAAGCUUGCUGCAGCUGUCUCUGCGACCCCUACCUCGCCUCCUCCAGAAGGGACGCCUACGCCUGAAGAAUCCAGGGCUUGGGUCGACAAAGCCCUCGCCCAGCCGUUCAGAGCUUGGCAGAGGACUCAACUUCCGGAUGAAUCUACUUACACUGUGACCGACAAGACAGUCCCUGUUGAAAGGGGUGCCAUAUCCGUUCGGUGCAUCGUCCCCUCCGUCGAGACCAAGAACACUACGUUUCCUGUUCUCUUCCACAUGCAUGGCGGAGGAUUCAUGUUCGGCGACGUUGACUUGGACGAUUACUACCUCCGCCGCCUGGCCGUGGACCUCAAGAUGACCGUUGUUAACGUAGAGUACCGCUUGAUUCCCGAGCACACUUUCCCGACCCCGCUCAACGACUGCUUCGCGGCUCUCAAAUGGGUGGUCGAGAACACGUCUGACCUCAAGGCAGAUCUGACCAAGGGGUUCAUCCUCAUCGGUGACUCAGCAGGAGGCAACUUCGCCGCAGUGCUCGCGCAUGAGGCGCGCGACGACCCGUUCUUCAAGGGGAGACAGCCUACUGGGCAGUUUCUUCGCGAACCUUGGCUCGCCCAUCCUGAUAGUAUUCCGGAGAGACUUAAGCCGCACUACCGCUCCAUGGAGGAGAACGCGAAGCACAAUAUGGCCAGGGCACCGACGCGCGAAGGGCUCGAUGGCCUGCUUUUUCUGUACAAGGCACCUCUGACUGACCCGCGGUUCUCUCCAUUGCUAUACCCAUCUCACGAGGGUCUUCCGCCGGCGUAUUUCCAAGUGAUGGGGCUUGACAUGCUCCGGGACGACGGUGUCGUCUACGAGCAGGAGCUGAGAGCGGCCGGGGUGAAGACAAAACUUGACCUGUAUCCCGGCGUCAUCCACGGCUUCCACACCCAGUUCCCGGCCACGUCUGUUGCGACGAAGCUUUGGGAUGACGCGCGGAAGGGGUUGGAGUGGCUUCUACGUGGCGGCGAAUGA